AUGGUAUCUUGCAGAUCGCAUUUUGAAGGGGCUUCGCAGCGCGAGGUGAAAUCAUAUUUAAAAGGGCAGGACCAAGAAGGCGCAAACUACACCGGUCUCCAGAGAAGCUACAUAUUUACGCCCAUAAUGACAAAAGUUUACGAACCAGAUAUCCCAGACGACAGCGUGCUGCCCUCGUAUGAGGACGUUGUGAGGGAGGACGCCAAUAGAGUGCGGCAAGACACACACGGUCCUCCACCAACGCCCCGCCGGGACCGCCUGGAGCAGAGACCACCGGCGCCUAAUCCCAGACCAUCGCAUUCACACCCAAGGCCAAGACCAUCGAGCAAACCAAGCUCGCAGUCGAUGCACUCGCCGGCGUCGCUGCCGCCUUCGCCACAGCGACCCCCGUUGCCCUGGACGUAUCCCAGAGGCUUUAUUUGUCCGAAGUGCAACAAUACAGGCUACAAACGGAAGAAUGGGCGCUCGUGCAAAUCGUGUUGGAGGCGAUUCGCACCGGUGAAUAAUGUCAAUUCGGUGCCCAGCAGUGGAGGCUCGAUGUUCCUGGAUCCAUUUUUUCCUAUGCCUAGCGGUCCCCGUUACGGUUACGGGAUGCCACCACCUCCGCAAAUGAGCGGCAGCAACCCGCCGCUCAUCGUCAGACCUGGUGAUCCGAGACUUGGAGGCGUACUUUGCGGUGAGUGCAGAGGUUCAGGGCGUGUCAGUUUCCUGCUCGACGAAGAUCUGUGUCCACUAUGUCGUGGAGUAGGCAGAAUUCUUACUUAG